AUGGUCACACCAUUAGGCUUCUUUGGAGGUGGAUGUUAGAAACGCACACAUCCCACAUCGGCCGUUGAGCUCUAACUAUUUACCUAUCCGAUUCCCACAUCGGAUGGUGUGGAAAAACACACCAUUAGCCUUCUUUAUUUAGGCGACAGUUUGGGGCGUGGAAGAUUUGGGCAUUUGACGCAGCACGUUUUGGCAUUUGACGCAGGACGCAGCGACGUGCAUUUGACGCGGCGACGUUUUUGGCCCCGGCCUCUUUGUUCACCGCCGGAUAAUGGCAGACUUAGAGCAGAUGCAGGAAUUACAUAUGUCUGCCAUUAGGCUGAAAGAUGAGAUGAUUGCCAAGCAAUUAGCAAGCAAACAAGAUUUGAGGGAGGCAAUUAGUGUCAUUGCUAAUGCUAUGAAGUCCCUGAGACAAAUUUAUAAGGAGGCAAAGAUCACUACGAAAUGCAAUGAAAUUUCAAAUAAGUUUCAGAUACAGAAGUUUCAACCUACUGAGCAUGUUGGUUUUCUAUCUACUGAGGCUACUGAGACAGAAAUUAGGAGUAAACUCCGGCACUUAAGGGAAUUGUAUGUUAAGAAAGAUAGGUACUUGGUAGAACUCUACUUCGAGCUUGAAAAGCUUGAGGCCGAGGUUGGUAUUUUGUUUGGAUCUCUCGCCUCCUUGAGAGAUGCUAUGUCCCAAAUAUUCGCAGAAGUUGGCGUCCUUCCAGUAGCGUCAUCCUUCCAGCAGCGUCAUCCUUCCAGCAGCGUCGUUCUUCCAGCAGAGGGCGUUCUUCCAGCAGAGGGCGUUCUUCCAGCAGAGGGCGUUCUUCCAGCAGAGGGCGUCUACGUUACUCCUUCUAGCAGAGGGCGUCGCCCAAGACGCACUAAACCUUCCAGCAGCCCUCAACUCCUUCAAAUUUUCAGCAGCGGCCGUGGCCUCCGACCUUUCAGCAGCGGCCGUGGCCCUCGACUUUCCAGCAGCGGCCGUGGCCCUCGACCUUCCAGCAGCGGCCGUGGCCCUCGACCUUCCAGCAGCGGCCGUGGCCUUGACCCUCCAGCAGCGGCAGCGGCCCUCGACCCUUCAGCAGCGAAUUAAAAACAUGAUCAAUUUGGCUGGGGUGCUUUUUUGGUUAUUUCUUGUUGUUUUUCUGUGAAGGACUAUCUUCUUAAUGCUUUAGGUUCCAAACCUUGUAGGUUUGGGAUAUACUUGGUACAGUGAAGAGAUGUUGGUAAAGAAGUUUUAGGUAUGGAUUUUAAAAAGAGAAUAUACCCUACCAAGUUAAGCUCAAUGACCGUAAAUUCAAGUAGUCCAUUGACAACUUCCGCUGGCAUAGUAUCACAACCUUGUGCAGGUUCUGCUCGAUUGGAGUUGAGCAAUGGCGAUAGUUUGUAUGCAAAGCUGGUGGUUGGAGCUGAUGGGUCAAAAUCACGUGUUAGGGAGUUAGCGGGAAUUGAGACAACCGGAUGGAAAUAUUCCCAGAGUGCAAUCAUAUGUACAGUAGAACAUGCAGAGAAGAACCACAGAGAUUUUUACCUAAUGGUUUUUGUGUUGAAGAAAUACGAAUCCGAGAGAAACCUGCAAACAUUGCAAUAAUGGCCGUUCUCGAUGGUUUCCAUAAGGCAUAUUCUGUUCAUUUCAUGCCUGUGAAUCAACUGCGGGCUGCUGCAUUCCAGGCAGCGCACUAUAUAUCGCCACUAAAACGAAAUAUCAUCUCUUUUGCUUCAGGUGAACACAUGAUUCCACUGUUCACAUGAUCUGUAUGGUAGAUUUUAGAGAUAUUUUGUGGUAUGCGAAUUGUGGAAUUUGGUUUAAGUUACUGCCCACUAGAGAAGGUCUUUGCACAAUCAUUCCUAA